UAAAGUUCCCACGCGGACGAGCAGCCGGAAGUAGGUCACCAGUUUACACGGAGAAAACUUCAUCCGUAACGGGACCGGGGAUCGAGACCCGGGCUGUGCGGUCUGCCCCGGGAGCAUGCAGGCGGAUUUCCGGGCUCCCCGGAGGAGGACCCGGGUCCGGGAGGACUACCAGGCCCCGCUGCCGCGGGACAGGACGCACUUCAGGGCGGAGCUCAUCAACCAGCACGUGCUGGUCCGUGACCCGGAUCACAUCCAGAAGCUCUACAAGCAGGGCUACUUCGGUAAAGGGAUCCUGUCCAGAUCCGCCCCGGAUCACAGCCUGUCUGACCAAUGGGAGGAGCACCGGGGUCUGGUUCUGCCGGUUCUGUCCCGGUGCAGGUACGAGCAGCUCCUCGGAUGGGCGGAGUCAUGUCUCCGUUCUCAGGAAUUAGACGAAGCAGGUGUCAGUGAAGCGUUGCUCAAACUGUCUAAGCCAAUAGCGUUAGAGGAGGCGGAGCCACAGGGGCAGUGUGAGGCCGUGAGGAGCUGCAGCUCAGACUCACAGCACCUGGACCAGGACCUGGACCGGGACCAGGACCAGCACCUGGACCAGGACCAGCACCUGGACCAGGACCAGAACCUUCAGUCCACCACACGUCCUGGUCUGGGUCACCAGGUUCCAGGUCCUGGUUUGGUCCUGGUGGACUCAGACAGUGAGGCUGGGGUCAGGGAGGUGAGGAGGACUCCUGUGUCUCUGUCAGAGUACCUGCAGCUCGGUCUGGAGGAAGCCUUCUUCCUGGUCUACAGUCUGGGCUGCCUGUCUGUCUACCUGCAGCAGGCGCCGUUGUCGGUGGUCCAGCUGUGGAGAACCUUCCGGUCUUGGCGUCCGGACUUCGUCAGCUCCUAUGCAGCCUAUCACCACUACCGCAGCAGGGGGUGGGUCCCCAAAGGAGGGGGCGGGGCCAAGUAUGGCGUCGACUUCAUGCUGUACAGGAAAGGACCGCCGUUCUACCAUGCCAGUUACUCCGUGGUGGUCCAGAGAGCUGACUCCGCCUUCCAGGGUCCGGCUCGGCGCCCGUUUUCCUGGCGGUCCCUGGCAGCCCUCAGCAGGAUCACGGCUAACGUCUCCAAGGAGCUCCUGCUGUGCUACGUGGUUCUCCCGGCGGACCUGUCGGACGCCGAGCUGGACUCCCCGGAGAGCCUGAGCAGACUGACGGUCCAGGAGGUCCUGGUCAGCCGGUGGGUGUCCUCCAGAGAGCGGACAGAACAGGACGACGUCUGAUUGGCCAAAAGGGGGACACUUGGAAUCUGCUGGAGUCCUGAGUCAGAAUUGAAGGAACACAUGAGGAACACAGGAUGAACACAUGAGGAACACAGGAUGAACACAUGAGGAACAGAACUUGAACACAUGAACACACUGUUUGAAUAAAAUUUCUAGAAUGCAA